CGAUCUCGAGUCUCUGACACAGAGGAUCUUUCCAGGGCAGAGACCUGACAGGCUGCCCGGAGGGGAAGAAAGUGGAAUUCAUCACCAGCUUGUUAGAUGCCCUCACCACAGACAUGGUGCAAGCCAUAAACUCACCAGCCCCCUCUGGUGGUGGGAGGUUCGUCGAGCCUGAUCCCAGCCACACUCUAGAGGAGAGGGUGGUGCACUGGUACUUCGCCCAGCUGGACAACAACAGCAGCCACGACAUCAACAAGAAAGAACUGAAGCCUUUUAAAAGGUACCUGAAGAAGAAGGCCAAACCCAAGAAAUGCGCCCGCAAGUUCACCGACUACUGUGACCUGAAUAAGGACCGAGCCAUCUCCCUGCAGGAGCUGAAAGGCUGCCUGGGUGUCAGCAAGGAGGGCGGCUCGACGACAAGCGGCAACCAAGGGACAAGGCAAGGGACAAAGUUGUUCAUAGGUCGUCUGGUGUGAGAAGAGACGGGUCCAGAAGCUGAGACGAGAGCAGAGGGCACAGAGGGAAGGCAUCUGUACGCUUGCUGAUAGGAAAAAGAAAGAUGGAGCAGAAAAAUUAGGAAGUUCCUGAGUAAAAAAAAAAAAAAAAAAAACAGACUGAAAAAAAACAAGAAAAGAAAACGAAGCGGCGCCAAAAUAUUUGCACUUUCUCCUCCCUAUGUUUGACGUUUGGUCUGUUUGUACGUGUUGAUUUUGAGUAAGAAUGAGAAGAAUAUAUUUGUAAAAAAAAAGAUGACACACCACUGGACACCCCCCCCCCACUCCGUCUGUUGUUGUGAUUCUGUUUGUCCUCAGAUCGCACAAACAGACGCUUACACACAUUCUGUGGCCUUUAAAUUAAAUUGACAUUUCCCCUGUGACCUGCAGCAGCACACCGUGGUAACCAUCUCCAGAGCAGCCGGAGCGAGCUGCGUUUAGCACAUGUUGCUCGAUUUAAAAGUGAAAAGAGAAAAGACCGUCUAAAGGAAUGUCUCAUGUUGUUUGUGACCAUGAUGAGUUAACGGCAUGUUAAGAAUUAAACUGUGACUAUGACGUCUAAUUUAUCAGCACACAGUUUGCUCUGUGAAUCCCCCGCGCACUGGACACAACUUUCUAGAUCCGCUGCCAUUGGACAGUUUUUGGGAACAAUGUUUAAGAAUCAGUCAACCAACAGAUCGUGAAGUUAGAAGGACGUGAAUCUUUCCUUUCUUAUCACAUAGUUACUUAAAGUUGUGCAACCCAAAGCCGAUGCAGGGCCAUCAUGGUGGAUGUGGUUUGCAGAUUUCUCAGUUGACACAAGACGUCUUUUCAACGUUUUAUCCAUUACUGUAAAAUCCAGAAUAUAAGUCGAGCGGUAUUUUAGACUCAGGUUGCUUUUGGGGGUCUCUCAGAGUGUCUUCCUGUGUGAUGAUUUCCAUCGUGUUCAUCAAAAUCCUCAACAGUCAGAUAGUGUGUAGCUCUUUGAGUACCAGCUGUGUCCACCAGGGGGAGUCUGUAAUCCUGCUAGCUACCUGUACGCUAGUCGAGCCCUCGGCCUGGAUAGAUGUGAAGUCAAACCGACAGCCUGCGACCAGUUCACCUAGAGUUGAGCUGCACACCUCUGCUGUCUUUGUCUUUUCUUUAACAGUAGAGAUGUUAUAACACUUAUCUCAAAGUGGGUUAAAUGUUCAUUUCAAUUCAGACAAGCCGACUCGUCUAAACUUAAGAAAACAUUCGAGCUUAACACCGGAUCACAGGGUGACCGGGUGAAAUAUGUCAGAUUACUUUACCAACUGAAGCUAACCUUAGCAGCACCCGGGUUUACAUCCACAUGCCCAUGCUGAAUGUGGUUACUCAUUGGUCAAUAUACCAGGCGUUGAUCAAAACACCAAACGGCGCUGCUCCUAUGAGAUGCGCUAUGUCUCUGUGCUUGUUUACAUCCAGGUGGUAAAGCGAGGAGAUCUGGCCCAUUAACCCAGCCAACUUUGCGCAACAUAUACAAAAAUGAAUUGGGGCAAUUUUUCGUCUCGUCGGGCAACGUGGUUGUUGGUGGUGACUGCAGUUGAUGUCAUGACGGUGCAUGUCUGCGAUUAAGUUUUAGAUAGACACCCAUUUUAUACAUCACAACAGUGUUUCACAUGCAGUUCACUAUGUGCACCAGAUUUUACAGUAUUUCAAAAACUUUAAGGCAACAAAACAUGAAAAAGAAAUGGCUGCAAGAACUGAAAAAAAAUCUUCAAUCACAGCCUCCCGUUAAAAACGAGACAGUCCCAGCAGCCUCCAGUAGUGAUGCAGCUCAACAUGAAGCAGGUAGAACACCUCCACAUGAAGACAACUGACCUUACAGCAGGUACCUUAAAACCAACCCUAACCCGAGAAAUAAAACAGAAUCUAAAGGGUACCUUCAAAGAAGCUUAGCACAGAUGCUAAUCAAACACAACUAACCAUUCGUUAGAGAGAGAGAGAGAUAACGCUUCAGGAUCCCUAAACGAGACUCAACCGAGUCCAGUGACCUUUGGUUCCAGCUUUGAAUGCCAUGACCUGGAUGACUGAGAACCUCCAUAAGACACCUGAAUGAGACUUAACCGCCCGUUAGAAAGAAACACAAACUCAAAGGUCAAACAUCGAACUGUGUGCUGAAGCUCAGAAAACAGGAGCUUCAGGGUUCCUCGAAACAGACCGAACUUAGUUUGAGAGAAACACACUGAAGGGUUCCUGAAAACAGACUCGUCCUCUUUGUAAAAAGACAUGCUAGGGAGUUCCUUAACACAGACUUAGAACAGACACUGAUCAGAAACCUUGUGCGUUAAAGAAGUGUCAGGAGAGAUUGUGGAUAUGUUUCCAUAAACUAGAAGGUCACAUGAUUGGUUUACACAUACCCUGUGCUGUUAUUUGUGUACUUUUGUGGUACGUUGUAAAGUAGCUGAGGCUAGUUUAAUACUCACUCCACUUAAUGAUCAAACCUGAAAAACGGCUAACAAGUCUCCGAUCAUUUCAGAAUAACACCGACCAACCCCAGACUAAGACCUGGUGGGGAAUUUAUUCCUCCCAAACAGCUCACACAGUUUGAAAUAAAAGAACCAAGAAAAAGCCUAAAGGCGAUCCAGUAAACAGAGAUGUUUACACGGCUCAGUGUCCCGCUAACAGCGGCUCAUACUCAACGCUUAUCCAACUUAUCGUAAACACGACGUGGCAUUUACAAACGCCAGGUCCUAAAAUAAAUAUUUGAGUCUCCCCGGUAAUAUCAGAGUACAUGUUGUGUGUAUGUAAACACAUCCAUCGUCUGUAAUCCAGCCUCGCUCUGUGAAACUCUUACCGCCACACGUACUUGGAGCUUUGACAACGCCGUAAGUCUUGUAAAAAAUACCCCCCACGGGCGCCCCCGAUUAAUGAGCGAGCGACCGAGUAGGGAGGAGGAAACUAGAAAAAGACAUUUUGGAAUGUAAAAAAAACAAACAUUUUUUUUCUUCGCAUUUGGAAACGAUUGUUUUGAAAAUUGGAGAAUGUGGAGUUUGUGGUCUGAGUGCUUGUGUAAUUGUUUGGAGUUGUGUAUUCCCCGAGAGCCGCCGCAGGGGCUCACAGAAGAGGCUCCUAUUGUAAAUAUGUACAAUAACCUUUUAUUUGAUUGUUUGUUUUACUAAAAAUUCAUUGUGAGGCAUUCGGCUGUUCACUUCCUUCAAUGUCUGUUCUGGAUUAUUGUAAAGAGAUAUAAACAUUAUUCAGUGUUCACAUGGUGUCAGACUUUAGGAUGUUACAGUAGCUAAUUCACAACAUUGAAAAACGCUUAUACCGGACUGGAUGUUAUCAACUCUGAGCUCUGUUUAUUUGAUCUGCGCUGCAGUUAUUCGACUGUUUCAGUGUUUUACGAGUCCUGCCAUCAUCGCUGUGCACGGUCAAGAAUGUAUACACUUUUCUGGUGCUUAAUCCGCUACAACCACAAGUCCAGUCAUGUCUAAUUUGAGCUGGACGUUUGUGCCAAGAGGGAGAAAAAGAAAAGGUCUCUCUCCUGAGUGGCUGCUUCAGUCCGCUCUGAACACUGGGCUUGUGUGUCUGCUGAAGUGCUUCCAGACGCUGCAGAGCUGCAGAUCACAUGAGAGAUCUAAGACAACCUAACAGGCUAGUAAUCACUGCUAAUCACGCUGGGGGGACGCAGAGCAAAGGAGGCUCUGUCAGUCCGUCAGAGAGAAGCACAGAUCGUCUCUCUGCUUUUUUCACUGCAGAGCCUCGGCAGGCGUGUCGAGACAAUCUCAAUAUUUCUUAUUCAUAGCUGAAGGAAUCAGAUCUUCCUGGAAAAACAAAACACUCAGACAUGUUGCCUUUGGGGUGAAAUUGCUCAAUGUAAAUGAUGAGGCUUGAGGUGCAGCUGUUUGGCCAAGGAAUGAAAAGCUUGUUCCACUUUAAUGCAGGCCUGAUUUCCUUCAGCUAUUUCAACCUGUGUCACAAUAGACACUAAAAAAAGAACACAAGGCCGUCUUUAGAAGAGAAAAUCUCCCUGAUAAAAAGCUGAGUUUAUGAAGUGCAUGUUGGCACACAGCAGUGCCGUACACCUGGCUUCCAUCACUUCUCUGGGUGAAAGAACUUUGACUUCAAUUUAAAGCGUGCAUAAUGAGAAAAAGGUCUGAAGACGCAUUCAGAACAAACUAAGAAACAAACAAGUUAUUUCUUAACAGCUGAUGCAGUGAGGAGUCGAGUUUGACUGAAGUCUCACAUCGAGCCGUGACUUAUUCAUCUCAGAGAAAUCAAAGUGCAAACAGCACACAGCUACUGUGCGCUCUUAUUUUGAAGGAAUCAAACUGUCAAUCUGCAGAACUUCUUAAAACUUUUAAAUCAUGAAAGAGGAACGAUUGUCUCAGAUUUUUGUCUUCAGAACGUCAAAGGUGAUUUAAAUCAUAGUCGCACGUGACCAUGUGCAGAAAGAGAAACAAUUUAAGAUCUGAAGAUAUUUAUUCAAACUUUGCUUUAGUUUGAGUUCAUGCAAAUGGAGAGAGCUGAAACAGGAGACGAGCGCUCUGCUGUCGGGAAGAAGGAGCUCAACACUGACCCCUUGUGGUACAGGCGGCUCACUACAGCCUGCAGACAUUGAACAGUGAGAGUCAGGUGUGCACAAGUUAAUACAAACUGCUCAGUAUCAAUAAAGCCUUUUGGAUUACAUGAUCUGUUAAUAAACACUUUUAAAGAAA